GUAUCAUAUGCAAUUAUGAAGACUUUCGAGUUCUUUAACAACAUGCAAGCACCUCGUUGUGUCUCUUUUUCCAAUAGAGUUUACAAGCUUUGGCUUUUCAUUUUUGUAUUCAUAUCUGUCUUUCUAGUUCUUUCAUAUGGAGAAGAGACUAGAAAUGAUAACAAUGUUACAAACAUCGGCGUAAUCAUCGAUGCCGAUUCGCGUAUCGGGAGAGAAGAGAAAACAGCCUUGGAAGUUUCUGUUCGGAGUUUCAAUAACAGUGUUUCAAACAAUCAUAAGCUCUCCCUUUAUAUUCAGAACUCUAAAAGAGAUCCCCUCCUUGCUGCUACUGCUGCUGAGAAAUUGAUUAAAGAGAAACAAGUUCAAUUGAUUAUUGGCUUGGAAACAUGGGAAGAAGCAGCUCUGGUUGCAGAUAUCGGGAGCCGAGCUCGAGUGCCGGUCCUUACGUUCGCAGCACCUGCCAUUGCGCCACCAUUAGCCACCUCUCGUUGGCCUUACUUGAUAACAAUGGCUAAUGGUGAUUAUCAGCAAAUGAAAUGUAUUGCAGGUCUCGUUAAUUCAUUCAACUGGAAAAGGGUCAUUGUGAUUUAUGAAGACAAUGCCUUCGGUGGUGAUUCCGGGAAGUUAUCGCUUUUAUCGGAAACUCUUCGGGAUGUCGGCUCGGAGAUCGAAUACCGAUUAGUUCUUCCGCCGUUUUCUUCUCUUCCGAAUCCAAGUGAAGUUGUCCAAGAGGAAUUGAUGAAGUUAUUCAACCAUCAAUCUCGAGUUUUCGUUGUUCUUCAGUCAUCAUUACCAAUGACUAUUUAUUUGUUCGAAAAGGCAAAGAAGAUUGGACUCGUGGGAAGAGACUCAGCUUGGAUAGUUACCGAUACAAUAUCGAGUUACCUUGACUCGUUUAACAGUUCAGUGAUUUCCUACAUGGAAGGCACUUUAGGAAUCAAGGCCUACUAUUCUGAGGAUUCUGAUCUUUACAAAACAUUCUAUCCCCAGUUCCGAAGAACUUUCCGAAUCGAAAAUCCAGAGGAAGAUAACUUUCAACCUAGCAUCAACGCCUUACGAGCAUAUGACAGCAUUGGAACCAUCAAGCAGGCCAUGGAGAGAUUGAGAAGUGAAGAAAACAAUCCAAAUGCAUUGUUCAAAAAUAUAUUAUUAAGCAAUUUCAACGGAUUAAGCGGCAAAAUUCACUUCGAUGAAGGCAAGCUAUCACACGACCCGAUACUAAGGAUCGUAAAUGUGGUCGGAAAAAAGUAUAAAGAGUUGGAUUUUUGGUUACCAGGGACUGGAUUCUCAAGGAACAUUGUAAAGCAAAAUGGAACUGGUUAUGUUGGUGAUAGUAUAUCUGCUGGUUUUACUGGUACAGUCACUUGGCCUGGUGAUUCAAAGUUAGUUCCAAAAGGAUGGGCAAUGCCUACAAGUAUGAAUCAAAUGAUCAUCGGAGUUCCAGCAAGAACAGCAUUCGAGAAAUUUGUUAAGGUUGAAGAUGGUAAGUAUCCAGGUGUGAAGAACUAUGGUGGUUUCUGCAUUGAACUUUUCUAUGAAGUUCUAAGUGUUCUUGAUUAUGCUUUGCCUUUUCAAUUUGAUCCCCACAAUGGCACAUAUGAUGAACUGGUCCACAAAGUUUACAAUAAGACUUACGAUGCAGCCAUCGGUGACAUAACUAUACUAGCAAGAAGAACAGAUUAUGUUGAAUUUACUCAGCCAUAUGCAGUAUCUGGGCUAUCAAUGAUAGUUCCGGUGAAGCCAGAGGGCUCGGCAUGGAUGUUCCUCAAGCCUUUCACCACAGAAAUGUGGUUGGUUACUGGUGCAAUCUUAAUGUACACAAUGUUCAUAGUUUGGUUCUUGGAACACCAGUCGAAUCCCGAAUUUAAAGGACCAUGGAACAAUCAGAUUGGCACAGCACUUUGGUUCACUUUCUCCUCCCUUUUCUUUGCUCACAGGGAGAGACUUUACAGUAACCUGACUAGAGUGGUGGUUGUAGUGUGGCUUUUUGUUGUGUUGAUCUUAAACUCGAGCUACACUGCUAGUCUAACUUCAAUGCUCACUGUGCAGCGAUUAGAACCGAAUGUUACAGAUAUCGAAUGGCUAAAGAGGGCCAACGUGAAGAUCGGCUGUGACGGUGAUUCAUUCGUGAGAAACUACUUGGAGGAGGUACUUGAGUUUAAAAGUUAUAAUAUCGAGAAUGUUAGCAGUGAAUACAAUUAUGAAGGGGAAUUCGAGAGCAACAAAAUAGCUGCAGCGUUUCUUGAACAGCCGUAUGGGAAAGUUUUUCUCAGUCAUUACUGCAAGAAAUUUACCACUUCCUCACCUACACACACAUUUGGUGGAUUAGGCUUCGUGUUUCAGAAAGGCUCGCCAAUAGCUAGGGAUUUUUCAAGAGCCAUUUUAAGAUUAUCAGAAGAUGGAACUCUCAAGUCAUUGGAAGAGAAGUGGUUUGCUCCUUCACCGGAUUGUUCGGCCAACAUAACUGACAGCAGUAAAACCGAUAGUUUGAGCAUCCACAGCUUCUGGGGUCUUUUCGUUAUAUCUGGUGUCACGUCUACCAUUUGUUUGCUGCUCUUCGUUGCUCACUUAAUGAAUAAAUAUUGGCACCAUCAAGAGGAGAAUAAUGUCGGCAACUUGUCUCCAGUUGAUGACAGUGUUUGGAUCAAGGCAGUUAGAGUUGUCAAAUUUCUUUAUAAUGGAGAAGUCUGUGUUCAGGGGGAACUUUCAGCCGGCCCUCGAGCACCAGACAUCGAUGAAUGGAGCUCUUCAAGGUGGGAUUAUGAUCAGAGUCCAGCUUCCAUUAACAUGGAGAAUCUUGAGGUGACAUCACAAGCAGAAGCUGAGAAUGAAAUUCAGUUGCAGAUUCAAACAAAUUAA